AUGUCGUCAAACCUCAUGGACACGUCCCCCGGCGGCGAGCAAACCCAAUACGAAAGCGUCCACACCUUCGUCGACCCGCACGCAAAGCAAGCCGGCCAACUCGGCGGUACGCAACCCCUUCCCCCUUCCCUCCCAUCAUCUCUGCUCCAUCCAAUCCGACCCAAUCCUAGCCAUCCAAACCAUGAAUACGCAACUAACCUCCCCACACCAGACCCCGCCCAAGGCACAGACUCGCCCACCUCGCUACCCAAACACAAGACCAACGAGCCCAACACGCAGGGCGUCACGCCUGCGGACAAGAUCCGCUAUGGACAGAGCAUCCAGGAGGGGGGUAUGGGCGGGAAGACGAAUGCGAGCGGAGAGGCGAGCCAGGAUGGGGGGUUUGGCGGGACGGAGGCGAAGGGUGGGGAUGAGGAGGGGGCUGCGAAGGCGAGGAGGGAGCAGGGGUAUGGAGGGGAGAGCGAGAUGGAUACGACCAUUGGGGGUUGA